UAAGGCGCAAGCGCGCAAGCAAAAAGCCCGCGUCAAAUGUAAGUUUCGCGCGCGAAAAACAAAUUGUGACAGUUUUAUUUUUUAAUAAUAAUGAAAGGUCAAAGCAAAAGAUUUGUGAAUCACAAAGGUGAAGCUUAUGAUAUGGGUGUUAAAAAAAAUGAAGAUGAUGAUAAUGUUGGAUUUCUCGAUUUGUGGCGCUAUGCAACACUAUCGGAGAAACUGGCGACACUCUGCGCGGCUAUCACGGGUUUUAUAUGUUCCACUGGUAUGGUAGCUGCGGUACUAAUUUAUGGAGAACUGACUGCGCUGUUUGUGCAAAGGAAUAAUGCUAAGGAUCCGCCAUCUGAUAAAAUGAUAUUGGGGCUGUUCGGAGGUGGGCAGAAGCUAUACGAUGGUAACCGAACACUGCAUAUGGACGCUCUAGUCGAUGACUCUGUCUCUUUCGCACUCGCGAGCGUCGCCAUCAUGGCGGCUCAGUUGUUGUUCGCGGCGACAGCUGUCACUUUAGCUAACUGGGCUGCUGUCAGAAUGAUAACAAGGAUACGCUGGCGGUUGUUACGCGCAGUGCUGAGCCAGGAAACUGCCUUUUUUGACACAAACACCUCAAUGAAUUUUGCGACAACCAUUACAGAGGACACAGAGAAACUCCGCGCCGGAGUGGGCCAACACGUGGCCAUGAUAAGCUACCUGGUUGGCAAUGUGGUGAACUCGUCAACAGUCGCCAUGGUGUACGGUUGGCAGCUAACGUUGGCCGGGCUGGCGGUGGUGCCGCUCGCAUUGGUGGUCACCGCUACUGUUGCUAAGUACCAAACCCGCUGUUCGGCGGAGGAAGUGACGUCAUAUGGCAUUGCGGGUCGAGUGGUGGAGCAAGCGCUGGCCGCGAUCCGGACCGUGCGGGCUUAUGGGGGUGAGGAGAAGGAGGUUGAAAAGUACAAGGAGUCGCUGCGCGGCGGCGGCGCGGCGGCGCGGCGGCGCGGCGCGUGGGCGGCGGGCGGCGCGGGGCUGGGCUGGUUGCUCACGUACAGCUUGAACGCGGUCGUGUUCGCGUACGGCGCCGCGCUGUGCGUGCGCGACGCCGACCUGCCGCCGCACCGCGUCGCCUACCACCCGGGCGUCAUGGUCACGGUGCUGUUCUGCUGUUUCGCCGCAGCUCAAAAUAUUGCCAUGUGCAACCCACACUUGGAAAUAUUCUCAACCGCAAGGGGGGCAGCGAAGUCCCUCUUCAAGCUGUUGGAGAAGAAAUCGAAAAUAAACCCUCUAGAAGAUUCUGGAAUCAAGCCGGAGAGGUUUAAAGGGAAUAUCUUGUUCGAGAACUUGUAUUUCAAUUAUCCUUCGCGGCCGGAUGUUAAGGUACUCCGAGGCUUAACACUGCGCGUUAACGCUGGUGAAACAGUCGCCCUUGUGGGCAGUUCGGGCAGCGGCAAGUCGACGCUGUUGCAACUGUUGCAAAGAGCGUACGAGCCUGAUGCUGGCAGUGUUACUGUUGACGGCAAUAACUUGAAGGAGCUCAACUUGCAUCACUUUAGGACUAGCAUUGGUGUAGUGGGCCAAGAGCCAGUUCUAUUCAGUGGCACAAUACGUGACAACAUAACUCUCGGCGUAGAUGGCGCCAGUGAGGAAGAUAUUAUAGAGGCCGCUAAGACUGCGCACGCGCAUACGUUUAUAUCUAAACUUGUUGAUGGCUAUGACACAACGAUAGGAGAAGGCGGGGCUCAGUUAUCUGGGGGUCAGAAACAGAGGGUGGCCAUUGCUAGGGCCUUAUUGCGGAAACCAGCCAUUUUAUUGCUAGAUGAACCGACCUCUGCCCUGGAUCCGGCUUCGGAGAAACAGGUACAAUUGGCGCUAGAUGCAGCAAGUAAAGGACGCACCACGUUAGUAGUUUCCCAUCGAUUAUCCACAAUAGUGAACGCGUCUCGCAUAGUGUACGUGGAUCAGGGUUCGGUUCUCGAGCAGGGCACACACGCCGAAUUGUUGGAAAUGAAGGGAGCUUAUUGGAAACUGGUUAAAAACGACAUGACAAAUAGGAGUAUAGAAACGACGCAAGAAGAGUGUACCAACGAUGACGUGCAAGUGAAACUCACUCGAGUGAGGCGGACCAGUAGUGUGUUGUCGCGGAAAGAGUCAUUCACUCGAGACAGUUUCAUCCGCGGCAGCCGUCGUAUAGGCUCCGUCACAUCGCUUCACAAUGCACCGCCAGAUGUCGUACCACAAAUUAAAGAGAUUGAAGAAGAGCCUGAAGAAGAUGUAGGUAGCUGGCAACUUCUAAAACUCAAUAAAGCAGAAUGGCCUUUACUCUUGGGCGGGGGGAUCGCAUCUCUGUUAAUUGGCGCCACUAUGCCAAUAUUCGCUUUACUCUUCUCGAAGUUAUAUGGGAUGUUCUCGUGGCCGGACCGCGGCGCGAUCCUCGCCCAGUCGCAGGUGUACGCGGCGCUGUUCGGCGCGGCGGCCGCGCUCAGCGGGCUCGUCACCUUCCUGCAGGGCUGGCUGCUCGGCCGCGCCGGCGCCCGCCUCACCGACCGCUUGCGGGUCGCCACCUUCGCCAAUUAUUUGCGGCAGGAACAAGGCUGGUUCGACGAGCCCGCCAACUCAGUGGGUGCGCUGUGCGCGAGGUUGGCUACCGACUGCGCCGCCGUGCAGGGGGCUACAGGAAUCCGUUUAGGUACAGUGCUUCAAGGAAUAAGCACUAUGGUACUAGGCGUGGGUCUGGCUAUGUUCUACUCUUGGAAGAUGACACUCAUCAGUCUUCUAAGCGUUCCUUGUGUCAUUGGAGCCAUUUGCCUCGAAGGUUAUAUUAACAAGAAGUCCGAAGCAAAAGAACAAGAGGAAUUGGAACAGGCGACGCGACUCGCUACGGAAGCUGUGAUGAACGUGCGCACUGUACAUAGUUUAGGCGCGGAGCAGGCGCUGCUGCGGCGCUACGGCGCGGCGCUGGCGUCGCGGCGGCCCCGCUGGGCGCGCGGCCCGGUGUACGGGCUGUGCCUGUGCGCGCCGACCGCCGGCUACGCGCUGUCGCUCGCCGCCGGCGGGUGGCUGAUUGCUAGGGAGGGGCUGCCCUAUGAAUAUGCUAUAUUGGUCUCAGAGGCCCUAAUCUACGGGGCCUGGAUGUUGGCUGAGGCCCUGUCGUUCGCACCGAACUUCACAGCGGCGAAGCGUGCCGGGGCCCGCGUGAUUAGAGCCCUAAAUAGGAGCCCCAAAGUUCGCGACAUAUGUGAAGAUGAGGAGUGGGUAUCGACAGGCAACAUAACAUUCAACGACGUUCACUUCUCCUACCCCACAAGGCCCCACGUGCAGGUCCUUCGGGGCCUCACUCUAUCCAUCCCAGCGGGUCAAACUGUGGCCCUUGUGGGGCCCUCGGGCAGCGGCAAGUCCACUAUAAUGCACUUGCUGUUGCGGAGCUAUGAUCCCCUUAGCGGGUCUGUGACUUUAGACUCACGCGACAUAAUCAAGCAACUAACCCUCAAGCGGCUCAGGACCCAAUUCGGCCUGGUCCAGCAAGAGCCAACGGUCUUCGAGAGGACCAUCCAAGAGAACAUCGCGUAUGGUGACAACAGUCGCAUGGUCGACAUACAGGAGGUCAUGGAUGCAGCUAUUAAGGCGAACGUACACGCGUUCAUCGCCAGCUUGCCGAUGGGCUACGGUACGCGGCUGGGCAGCGGGGGCGGGGGCGGGGGCGGCGGCGCGGCGCUGUCGGGCGGGCAGCGGCAGCGCGUGGCGCUCGCGCGAGCUCUGCUGCGGGAGCCGCGCGUGCUGCUGCUCGACGAGGCCACUUCCGCUCUUGACGCCGCCUCCGAGAAGGAAGUACAGGCGGCGCUAGAAGCGGCGUCGCUCGGCCGCACGACCGUCAUCAUCGCGCACCGCCUCGCCACCGUCCGACACGCGCACCUUAUAUAUGUCAUCGAUAAGGGAGUUGUAGCAGAAAGCGGGUCGCACGAUGAGCUGGUGAAAAAGAGAGGCAUUUACUGGGAUUUGUUACAACAACAGGCGCCGGGCGACUUAUCCUAACGUAGAAAUAACUAAAUAAAAAAUAAAGGAAAAAAAACAGCAACUGACAAAAAAAAAGGCG